GCGUGAACCCUGCUGCCGGCUUGUCGCUGUUGCGUGCCACCUCCGCGGUGGCCGAAAGCUUCCAGAGUGUCAACAGCUCGACAGUGGAGCGUGAAGCGCAAACCGCCAAGCUGCAGACGCUGUUCUCCAAGCUGGGCACCGCACUGUUGCUGCAGCUGGCUGACGGCCAGACCACGGAGAUCGCCUCUGUGGCGAGCGACGGCACGGGCACAGAGACAUGGCGGUUU